UGUUUUGAAGUCUGACAUUUAACUGCAUGACCCCUUGGUGUGCAGGCAGCUCCCUGCAGUUUUCAAUGAGUGAGCCGCUGCUCUGCAGCACCGGGAAGCAAAUGAAUCAGGGAGGGAGGUGGGAUGGAGGCAGAGUGUGAGCAAUGUGCACCAGCAUCAGUAGUACAUCAGUCAGUCUGAACACACUGCUCCGAGCACGAGGAAAGGCUGCUGUCCCCGGUUUUACCUUCAAAGGGAAUUCUGGUUCCUAUCUGAAGUGGUUUACCUGCACCAUCUACACCAGAGCUCUGAAGAGAGAGAACGCAGAGUCCAAGAACUAGUUGCUGCCUUGGGAUUAUAGCUGGGGCUGCUCACUGCAGUUGGCACAGGCUCAACGAUGUCCACAAAGGCGAUCACCGCAAACCACAUCGCUCACACCAGGAAGGCGGUGGAACAGCUGCGGAUGGAGGCGGGCAUCGAACGGAUUAAGAUUUCAAAAGCUGCCACAGACCUGAUGAACUACUGCGAGGAACAUGGCACAAAGGACCCACUGCUGACAGGAAUUCCAACCUCCGACAAUCCUUUCAAAGACAAGAAGCCUUGCGCCAUAUUGUAGCCUCACCGACGGAGAUUCAUCACCCAGCAUCUAUUUGGAAGCAUCAUCCAUUCCUGUAUUACCCCAGACAUACAGACCUCUCAUUCCUCAUCAGUCAAUGUAGAUGGCAUACAUUAAUAAUCUCAAUUUCUGAGCUGUAGAGAGGCAGGAGCAGGCCAGAAGGUUGGGGAGCAGCAGUAGUGAUGUACAUAUCGUAGUAACACAGCAAAGGCCCUGGGUACAAACAUUGCAAAUGGUGAUUGUUUUAUAGUGUUGAGAGAUGGGGGCGAAGAGUGGGGAUGACAUGGGACCUUUCUACCUUCUCAGUCCCCUCAGUGUUUGGUUAGAACCCAAGAUGGAUUCUGGCUUCAGUCUUGAAGACAGCAAUGUGUCCUUGGAGGGGUGUAUGGUGGAGGUUCUGUGAUAAGGUUUAGGUGCCAAAGGGUGGACAAGGGAAGGUCAGUGAGAAGACUUAUUGUGUUAGGAAUCAUCAAUUUUAAUGCGUGACUGUUGGAAAUUAAAGGCAUUCUCCUGACUUCACAUUUGACUACAACUUUCUGAAUGUUAUGACCAGGAGACAAGAUGGAGGCAAAUGGCGGAAGGAGAUCUAUGAGUCUGUUGAGCAGUAUUAGUUCCAACUUCUUCAUGCACACACAACCACAACAGGAUCUUCCCAUUAUGUGAUUAAGAAAACUAAGAUUAUUUACUCUGCCUGCUUC